ACCCGUCACACUCCGCCCGCGCCAUGGCCGAUGAAGCGCCAAACGCCCCUGCCGCAGCUGCGGCGCCAACGGUGUCGUUGCCGAGCAGGUUGCCCAAGAGCAGCCUUGCCUUGCCAAAAGCUUCACCAAGUAGCCCAGCGGGAAAGCUGCAGCUUCCGGGUGCAUCUCCUUCUUCCAGCGGCCGCCUAUCUACCAGCUCUUGGAAAGGCCUACGGGGGUCUGGACUCUUGCUUGGAGGUAUUGGGCGCAGCAGCUUCUUUGCCGAGAAGCAAGCGCUGGUGCUUUGCUUUGGGGAAGCCUUCACAAAGGUGGGCCUAGCAGGUGAAAACCGGCCCCGCGCCAUCUUCCGCAGCCCAGAGCUCCGGCGGCGCCGGAUGCUGGGGCCGGAGCUGUCGGGCACGUUGUCGCAGGAGGAAUGGGUGCAGGUGCUUAGCGAUUUUAUGAACAGGAUCUUCUUCCAACAUCUUCAUCUCAGCCCAAAGGAUCGACGCGUGGUGAUCUGCGAUGGGGUCUAUUCGUCUCAGCAAUUCAGGUCGGCUUUAGCCUUCGUCCUCUUCAAACUUUUCGCUGUUCCCUCCGUAUGUUUCGUGUUGGAACUGGUGCUGCCGCUCUAUUUGACUGGCUUGCAUAGUGGCCUGGUUGUGGAUCUGGGUUUCGGCUCAGCCAAAGUGCUCCCCAGCUCCGCUGGGGUGCCGCUGCUGUCGGCCUUCAGCGAUGCCAACUGUGGGACCAAAGCUGUCCUGCAGGCGAUCAAGAAGGCACUCAUGGAUCCCGCAGCCGGAAAUGACGGAAUCCUGGACAUUCUGGAGGAUGAGACGGUUUUGGAGGAUGUCUUGGUCUGUGCAUGCUAUGUGACUUGCGACUUCCCUAAGGACAGAGAACAGCCAGCGAGGUCAUUGAAGAGCGACAAGGACGCGGAGGUGCGGCUCCUAGGUCGGGACCGAGCUUUGAAAGUGCCCGCUGCGUGCCGGCACGGCGUGACAGAAUGUUUCUUCCAUCCGCAGAGUGCAGAGAACCACAGCUGCGCCUGUGAUACGCUCCCCGAGGCUUUCGUACGCACUUUGGAGCUGUGCCCCAUGGACAUCCGUGCCCAACUGGUGCAGAACGUGGUGAUUUGCGGAGGUGGCGCCACGCUGCGCGGCUUGCUGCCGCGCCUGGCGCUUGAAGUGCAGAAGGCCCUGCAACAGCACAAGGUGCUUUCCGCCCUGGCACCCAAGCUGCGGCUAACACCUGUGGACUUUGCGCCCAUCUGCGCAGCCUGGACCGGGGGUGCCAUCUAUGGAUCCCUGGAAGGUGUUCCGGACUACAGUGCUGAAGACUUCAGAAAGGGCGCAGCGCUCCCGGACUGGCUUCGGAGUGGCUUCGUUUGAUGGUGAAAA